AUGACAGUUUUGGUGGCAAGGAAUGAAACUAAGUGUUUCAUAAUUUGUGGCUCGAUGCCUUACUUGUCAGCAAGUGAAGGCGGAGCAUUAACAACUGACAGGACUAUUGCAACCAUUACCAAGCGUGUCGGUGAGGUUGCUUAUCGUUUGGCAUUGCCGCCAGACUUGGAUAGGGUUCACAAUGUCUUUCAUGUCUCCAUGUUGAGGAAGUACAAGCCGGACCCAUCGCAUGUUCUGCGGUGGACUGAUGUGGUUGUUGAUGAGGAUGUAACCUACGAGGAAGGUCCAGUUCAAAUUCUUUAUUCAUGGGAACAAGUCUUGCGGACCAAGACCAUUCCAUUGGUUAAGGUCUUAUGGAGACACCACAGCAUUGAGGAGGCUACCUGGGAGCUUGAGCAGGAGAUUCGCUCCCGGUAUCCCCAUUUGUUCUCUCUUUCAAGUACGGCUUGA